AUGAAGAUCUUCAAUCGUUUCCGGAAAAUUAUAAUGAAACUUUUGUUCUCCAUCCCCUCAUCAUCAGCAACAACACAUCAUGGAAUGAGUAGCGGUACACCCAGGAAAAGAAACAGCACUAGCUGUGACAGAUUUGAGCCCCCAAAGACUUCAUGCAGUUCAUAUUACUCGUCUCAUUCGCAUUACAACGAGGCCAUAUCUGACUGCAUCGAGUUCUUUAACAAGUCUAGCCAAGAUGAUCAUGAGGCUGGAGGGAUGAUUUCGGAUGAUCCAGAUCAAUCUGGCUGGCAUAUGGUUUGA